AUGCCGGUCGCCACGGGGCUGGAGGCGGCCCGCGAGCUGGAGUGCGCGGCGCUGGGCGCGCUGCUGCGGGAGCCGCGGGAGGCCGAGCGCACGCUGCUGCUCGACUGCCGCCCCUUCCUGGCCUUCUGCCGGCGCCACGUGCGCGCCGCGCGGCCCGUGCCCUGGAACGCGCUGCUGCGGCGCCGCGCGCGCCGCCCGCCCGCCGCCCUCGCCUGCCUGCUGCCCGACCGCGCGCUGCGGGCGCGCCUCGUCCGCGGGGAGCUGGCGCGCGCCGUGGUGCUGGACGAGGGCAGCGCGUCCGUCGCCGAGCUCUCGCCCGACGGCCCCGCGCACGUGCUGCUCGCCGCGCUGCUCCACGAGACCCACGCGGGGCCCACCGCCGUGUGCUUCCUGCGAGGAGGCUUCCAUGACUUCCAGGCCCGCUUCCCUGAUCUCUGCUCCGAAGCCCCGGGCGUGGCACUGCCCCCAGCAGAGGCCGAAAACCACAGCUCCGAUCCUAGGGCACCCAUCCAUGACCAGGGUGGCCCGGUGGAGAUAUUGCCCUACCUGUUCCUGGGCAGCUGCACUCACUCUUCAGACCUUCAGGGGCUGCAGGCCUGUGGCAUCACGGCCGUCCUCAACGUGUCCGCCAGCUGCCCCAACCACUUUGAGGACCUUCUCUGCUACAAGAGCAUCCCGGUGGAAGAUAACCAUAUGGUGGAGAUCAGUGCCUGGUUUCAAGAGGCCAUCGGCUUCAUUGACUCAGUGAAGAACAGUGGAGGCCGUGUGCUGGUGCAUUGCCAAGCUGGCAUCUCACGAUCCGCCACCAUCUGCCUGGCGUACCUGAUCCAGAGCCACCGGGUGCGACUGGAUGAGGCCUUUGACUUUGUUAAGCAACGCAGGGGAGUCAUCUCCCCCAACUUCAGUUUCAUGGGUCAGCUGCUGCAAUUUGAGACCCAGGUGCUAUGCCACUGAAGAAGGACAUAGUCCUACCUGCUGGCUCUUCCUGACUCCUGGGAGAGCAACUGUGAACCGCUGGGCUCCCUCUGGCUGGGGCCUCACCUCUCAGCUCUCUGUCCCCACUUGAAGGCACUGGCAGUGCGGGAUGCUGGCCUUUCUGAUCUGGUGCUCUUCUGUUGGGGGGUUAAGGGCUUGCCUGUAAUUACUCAGGGGACCAGGGCAGAGGACAUGUCUAUUAGCCUCCCUUCUUCCUCCUCUGGAAGAAAUUAACUGGACUCUUAAAUCCAUGGACUCUAGUUCCAUCACCAAGUUGAAGCCCUCAGUAGCCCGAGGGUUUAAGGAACAAGCAAGCUGUGAUGACCAGGAGCCCUGUCUAGAGGUGUGCACCCAAGGGCCUGGAGCCUGAGCCUUGUGCUCCUUGGGGAGCCACGAUCUCAGGACGGGACUGUAUCAUAUCUUACUUCUUACUUGCAUGUGUCUCUACGUGUGUGUCUCACUGGAAAGUUUCUUGUAUUCAACUGACAUUUAACAUUCCCUCCCUUACUUCCUCCCAGCCCUGUGGAUGGAGGUUGGAAACAGCACUUUAUAUUUAUA